CCCCAAGACUCUCAUGGCUCCGUCCCCUUGCACCCCAUGGAGAUAUCGAUGGAGCAGAGCACCAAGCCCAUCUCCUUGACUCAGCCGAUCCAGCUCACCUUCCCCCCCUCCCGAACAACCAAGCAGAUCCACUCCUCCUCCCCCUCCUCCUCCUCAGCUGGACCGCAUUGGGGCGCAGAGCCGAGGCCUCCGGCCGAUCUGUCCUGCGGCUGCGGAGCUCUGAUCGCGGCCUCGUUUCAAUCUUGUUGGGAUUUGGCAAGCGGGGCGGGGGAAGUAGGCUGGAGGUGGGGUGAGAAGGGGAAGCAGAGAAACAAGUUUGAUCCAGUAAAGCCGAGGAAACUUGGGCCCGAAGAAGAUUGUCUCCGUAACUGCUGGCAAUUCCUCCAGUAUAAGGCCACACAAUGACUAUUAUAGAUUUCAUAGAGCUGAGUGAUGAUGAUAUUAUCGACUUGAGCAGCGAUGAGGAGACUGUUCAAGAGGUUCAGAUUGCAACUCAACACCGGGCGACGUCGCUUGAUAGGCAGGGUAUGUUUUUCCUAGCUGAUGAAGGAAACCAAGGGGUGCAGGCCGUAUUUGUUGCAGCUGGUGAAGGAAGUCAAGAUGUGCAGGCCGUGUUUGUUGCAGCCAGUGAAGGAAGUCAAGAUGUGCAGACUGUGUUUGUUGCAGCUAGUGAAGGAAGGCAAGAGGCUGCUGAGCUCGGACAUGCUUUGGACGCUACAGCAUUGUCCAUGGUUAUGGAGGAAGCACCUCUUGUUGCUGCUAGUGAAGGAAGGCAGGAGGCUGCUGAGUCUGGACAUGCCUUGGAAGCUACCACGGUGUCCUUGGUUACAGAAACACCACCUCUAGGUACGGCUAAAUCACCGUACUGUCAUCGCUCUCCAAUAUCCGCGCCAUUCCCCAGCCUGACUUCCACCACUCCGAAAGCUCAGACUUCUGAAGGUGGCGACGCAAAGUCAGUGAGAGUGAAGAGGAAAUAUCGUAAGGGGAACUACCAUACCGACACUCCUAGGAGAAGUCCUAGGCUUAUACAGAUGGGUGAAUGUUGUACCAGUCCUGUGGAAGAGCUAGCAGCCGACCACAAGAGGUCUCACACGCUCGGGCCAGCAGAAGAAUCAGCUGCCUUUAUCAACUCAGCUGAAACGGUUGUCCUCGCUCUGCCACAUGCUGGAUCAACGAAUUGUCUUCGCUCUCCAACAUCAGCGACAUUCCUCGGCUUGAUUUCCACCAGUCCUAAAGCUGUGACUUCUGAAGGUGGCGAUGCAAAGCUGCUGAGAGCGAAGGCGAAACAUCCUGAGAGGAACUACCAUAUCUUGUCCUUGGUUAGGGAAAAAUCACCUCUUGGCCUGACUUCCAGCAGUCCGAAGGCUCUGUCCUCAGAAGGCGGCGAUGCAAAGCUGGUGAGCGGGAAGGUGAAACGUCAUAGGAAGAACUACCGACCCUGCAAACUAACUCUAAUUGACUGAAUCUUUCGAACUAUCGUUGUUGUAGUUCCUCUCAUCUGUAACCACUCUCAUUGCGUCUUUAGUGGGAUCGAUCUGAGCUCGCGUUUUGCCCCAUCUCUCUGCAUCAAAUUCGUCUAGAAUGUAGGUUGUGGGUGAUUUUGGACUUUGUUUUGUCAAGCACAUCAUUCGGUGGUAUUUUGGUGAGCCUGGAAAUGGCGCGCAGCUGCUGUUAUCUGGGAGCUUAGGAAACUACUUAGAAUUUAGAAUUUUUUGCCAUCCUGGCUCCAAGCUGAGAUGUAACCAAACCGACAAUAGACCAAAAUUUGUGAGAGUAACUGCAUCUUGAAUGUUUUGUAAAAAAAAUAGUUGGUAGAUGAAAGCUGAAGCUAUAGCUUAGCUCUGUCCACGGAUGAAUGUACAAGUGUGAGUAUAACCUUCACUUCACACCUGGUAAUGUUAUGCAUGACAUAAGUGUUCUUUGCUGUGGUUCAGAAUACAAGCUUUUGGAGCAUUA